AUGUCAUCGGCCCCAGCAACUUCCAAUUCAAAGAUCCCAUUCCAAGUCCAGACGGCCGAAAUCGGGCUGGGAUUCGACGGGCCCCUGAAAUCCGACACAGACCUGUCGUGGGGCGCGCCCGCGGGUCUGCCAAUCCGGCGGCUCAACGACGAGAACCUCGUCAUCUUCCGCCGGGCCGUGGGCAUCAACAGCACGCUGGCCGGCUCGACCGACCCGGAGUCUCUCGAAGAAGGGCGCAAGAAGGCCGUGGGCAUCUACCGGUCCGCGCUGACCGAGGUGCGGCGCAAGAAAGUCGCGUAUCGGUUUCUUUCCUUUCUCAUCAAUGCGAGCCAUUUUGCGCAGAUCAUUAUUGGCGCUUCGUUGACGGCACUGGGCCCGACUGCUGGAGACCAUGUGAUUGUCAUCACCAUCCUCGGCGCCAUCAAUACUGUUCUUGCCGGUGUGCUGGCAUUGAUUAAGGGUCAAGGGCUGCCAGACCGGAUUUACCAUGACCAGUCCGAGUAUCGCAGGCUGCAAGAUUGGAUUGAACAAACCGAGGCGUUGCUUGCCGUUGGGGUCAUAGGCCGGGACCGGAAAGAGGUGGGUGUCCUGGUUCAAAUGGCGUUCAAGAAGUACAACGCGGCAAAGCAGUGCGAAGAGAGCAAUCUCCCGGAGAACUAUGUCCGUCUGCCAGAGACGGACCAGAAUGGCAGGCCGAUAUCUCAAGGAUCAGCAAGUCCGCCUCUUCAUCAUCGGUCGUCGAGCCCAUAG